AUGUUUUACUCUCAGUUUAUUUUGGCGAAGAAAGGUCCUCUUGGGACGAUAUGGAUAGCUGCUCAUUUAGAGAGGAAGCUCCGGAAGAAUCAGGUGGCGGAUACUGACAUCGGCGUCUCCGUAGAUUCCAUUCUUUUUCCUGAAGCACCAAUUGCACUCCGUUUAUCCAGUCAUCUUCUGCUUGGCGUGGUAAGGAUAUAUUCUAGAAAGGUGAAUUACCUUUUCGAUGAUUGCAGUGAAGCCUUGCUUAAGGUAAAGCAAGCUUUCCGCUCUACCGCAGUUGAUUUGCCACCAGAAGAGUCCACUGCACCUUACCAUUCCAUCACUUUACCUGAGACUUUCGAUCUUGAUGAUUUUGAACUGCCAGAUAAUGACAUUUUUCAAGGCAAUUAUGUUGAUCGUCAUGUCAGUACUAGGGAGCAGAUUACACUGCAAGAUACUGUGGAUGGCAUGGCUUACAAAACAUCGCAGUUUGGUUUGGAUGAGCGCUUUGGAGACGGUGAUGCCUCUCAAAUUGGUUUAGACCUUGAUGAGGUUAUGUUAAUAGACAAAGAUUCCACUUUGGAGCACAACGACUUCAGUGCUAAACCUCAAGUGUCUCAUCAAGAAGAUGAAAAGAAAGAGGAGGUUAUGUUAAUAGACCAAGAUGCCAAUAUGGAACAUGAUGACUUCGGUGCUAAUUCUCAAGUUUCUCAUCAAGAAGAUGAAAAGAAAGAGGAUGUGAUUGGAACUUCAACUAGAAUGCAAGUAGAAGAAAGUGGAAGCAAAAUUGAUUUGAGUGAUGGUUUUCCCACUUCUCCUGAAUUUCAUGAAUAUGCUCAAGGUCCAUCUACUUCUCCUGAAUUUCAUGACCACGCUCAAGAUCCAUCUACUUCUCCUGAAUUUCAUGACCACGCUCAAGAUCCAUCUACUUCUCCUGAAUUUCAUGAAUAUGCUCAAGGUCCAUCUACUCCAGGACUACAAGAGCCAAACUUGUUUGGUACUCAGUCGGAUCAGGUCAUUAAUGAAGCUGAUUUUCAUAAUUCAGCAGAUUUAUUAUCAAUGUAUUCAACACAAAAUGAAUCACGUGCUCAUCAAACUGAGAACAAUGUAAUUGAUUGCUCCUUGCAAAAUAAUGGGAAGAAUGUUGGUGUGGAUUUGCAUCAUGAGACUAGUGACUGUGUUCUGGCUGACGUGGAUAACAAAAGAGAGGAACAAGAACAUUUCACACGCACAGUUGUGAUGAAGGAUCAAGAAAAUUUGAUAUCUAAUAAUCAUUGCAUGGCAUCAGUACCCUUGAUGGACUCCUCCAAUGAAGACCACACAACCACCAUGUUACCAGAAUGUGCAGGUGGGUAUGUUGAUGCUUCUGGUAUAACUGAAAAGGUGGAAAGCUUGCAUGAUGGAGUUCUGAGGAACACUGAAUCAGUUAUGGCCAAUUUGAACGAAACUGUUAAUGUUGUUUCUGGAGGUGUUAACAUCAAUGAUUCUGUUGUGUCUCCUAGUUCUCAUGUUACAUCUGAUCAAGAGGGCCUCUCAUGUAAACUGUUGUCUAACAUGGAUGGAUCUCGUGGUUCUGAAUUUGGUGGUCAUUUGGCAGAUGUUACCACAUUGUUAAAGCACGGAUUUUCAAAUAACAGUGAAGUUUCCAAGAACGAGCAGCAACCCCGUGUGGUUUAUGAGGCUCAAGUAUCCAAUAUUGCAAGUCUUCUAGAGUCAUCUGGCAGACCUGAAGUUGUUGAUGUGGAAGCUCGUGCAUCUCAGGAACCAAAGCAAGCGGGUAUUUUAAACCUUGCAUCUCAGGAACCAAAGCAAGCGGGUAUUUUAAACCUUGUAUCUCAUGAAGCUGAGCUUCCCACCCAGUCUCACCUUCGGCCAUGCACUUCCCGUGUAAACAAUCCUUCUCUGUUAUCCAUUGAAGGUGAAAAAUGUCAUGAAACUGAUGUUUCAGAUCCUGCUUUGGAUUAUCAUGGUACUGUAGAGCCAUCUGUUUGUGAAGGAAAGUUGGACUUGGGGCAAUCAGGCAUACAAUUUGGGAGUCAGAUAAUAAGUAAUAAAAUGGGAAGUGUAAACACAUUUACUGCUUCUGACAUACCUGGGCCUGAAAAAAUGCUCUCCUUGGGGCAAUCAGGCAUGCAGUUUGGGAGUCAGAUAAUAAGUAAUAAAAUAGGAAGUGUAAACACAUUUACUGCUUCUGACAUACCUGGGCCUGAAAAAAUGCUCUCCUUGGGGCAAUCAGGCAUGGAAUUUGGGAGUCAGAUGAUAGGUAAUAAAAUGGGAAGUGUAAACACAUUUACUGCUUCGGGCAUACCUGGGCCUGAAAAAAUGCUCUCCUUGGGGCAAUCAGGCAUGGAAUUUGGGAGUCAGAUGAUAGGUAAUAAAAUGGGAAGUGUAAACACAUUUACUGCUUCUGGCAUACAUGCGCCUGAAAAAAUGCUCUCCUUGGGGCAAUCAAGCAUGCAAUUUGGGAGUCAGAUGAUAAGUAAUAAAAUGGGAAGUGUAAACACAUUUACUGCUUCUGACAUACCUGCGCCUGAAAAAAUGCUCUCCUUGGGGCAAUCAGGCAUGCAAUUUGGGAGUCAGAUACUAAGUAAUAAAAUGGGAAGUGUAAACACAUUUACUGCUUCUGACAUACCUGUGCCUGAAAAAAUGCUCUCCUUGGGGCAAUCAGGCAUGCAAUUUGGGAGUCAGAUGGGAAGUGUAAACACAUUUACUGCUUCUGACAUACCUGCGCCUGAAAAAGUGCUCUCCUUGGGGCAAUCAGGCAUUCAAUUUGGGAGUCAGAUGGGAAGUGUAAACACAUUUACUGCUUCUGACAUACCUGCACCUGAAAAAAUGCUCUCGUUGGGGCAAUCAGGCAUGCAAUUUGGGAGUCAGAUGGGAAGUGUAAACACAUUUACUGUUUCUGACAUACCUGCACCUGAAAAAAUGCUCUCGUUGGGGCAAUCAGGCAUGCAAUUUGGGAGUCAGAUGAUGAGUAAUAAAAUGGGAAGUGUAAACACAUUUACUGCUCCGGACAUGCCUCCGCCUGAAAAAACGCUCUCCUUGGCUUAUCCGCAUUUUGGUGAGAUGAAUCAUUUGCUGCUGGAAUCUACUCCUGGCAAUCAGGGUAUAUCUAAAGGUCAUACAGAUGUUGCAGCAGUAACAUCAAUAUCUGGUAAAAAGCGCAGCUACGCAGAAAGUACUCUUACAGUGCAGAGCAUGGAUUUAGUUGGAUCAUAUGGUGGGGCUCAAUCCAGAAGAACUGCCGGGUCCAUUCCGGAUGAUGAUGAUCUAUUGUCUUCAAUAUUAGCUGGCAGAAAAUCUUCAGCUUUAAAAGUUAAACCAAGUCCAGCAACCGCCGAAGUACCUACAGCAAAGCGGAUUCGUUCUACACCACGCACUAGUACCUUAAAGAGGAAGGUUCUUGUGGAUGCUAUGAUGGUCUUGCAUGGCGAUACAAUACGCCAACAAUUGAUAAGUACUGAAGACAUAAGGCGUGUACGGAAAAAAGCUCCUUGCACAAGCGAUGAGAUUUUAAUGAUUCAGAGACAGUUUUUGGAGGAUAAAAUUUUCCUGAAACCAAUAUUUACAGAUUUGUCUGCUGAUUUGACUAUUCUGCAAAAUGGGACAUUUGAUCUGAGUGGAAUCAAGGUUUAUGAUUAUGGUUUAGAUAGUUUUUCCGUGGAAAAAGUAAAUGAUAAGCAGUCCUAUUCUAAAUCAAAUGCUGAAAUUCAUGUGGGGCAAGCACACAAAGAGCCUAUGGCAGUCCAACCCCAAGAAGAGGCUGAAGUGUCUCAUUCUAAAGCAAAUGUUGAGGUUCAUGAGGUGGAAUCGCAUAAUGAGCCUAUGGAUGUCCAACCCCAAAAUAAUGCUGAAGCCCAACCUUCUGAAAUACCUGUUCUGUCCGAGAGGGAACCACAUAAUGAAACUAUGGAUGUCCAAACCGCAAAAAGUGCUGAAGCCCAACCUUCUGAGAUACCUGUUCCGUCCGAGAGGGAAUGUCAUAAUGAAACUAUGGAAGUCCAACCCCCAAAAAAUGCUGAAGCCCAACCUUCUGAGAUACCUGUGCCGUCGGAGAGUCAUCAGUCUGGAGUUGACUUUAGAUCUCAUGAUAUUGAUGCUCAUGGGCGUGCAAAUAUUAUAUCAGACAUGAAGGAGCUUAGCAGUUCUCAAAAUGCUGAAAUGAACAAUGCUGGUGGGGGGACUUUCAAGAUUUCUGAAGCAGAGAAUUACUCUGUUGGGCAUACAAAUAUUAUAUCAGAAGUAAAUGAGCUUGGUAGUUCUCAAAAUGCUGAAAUGAACAAUGCUGAGCCAAAUUUUGAGACUUCUGAAGCAGAGAAUUUCUCUAUUGGGCAUACAAAUAUUAUAUCAGAUGUAAAUGAGCUUGGUAGUUCUCAAAAUGCUGAAAAGGACAAUGCUGGGGGGACUUUCAAGAUUUCUGAAGCAGAGAAUUACUCUGUUGGGCAUACAAAUAUUAUAUCAGAUGUAAAUGAGCUUGGUAGUUCUCAAAAUGCUGAAAUGAACAAUGCUGAGCGAAAUUUUGAGACUUCUGAAGCAGAGAAUUUCUCUAUUGGGCAUACAAAUAUUAUAUCUGAUGUAAAUGAGCAUGGUAGUUCUCAAAAUGAUGAAAUGAACAAUGCUGGGGGGACUUUCAAGAUUUCUGAAGCAGAGAAUUACUCUGUUGGGCAUACAAAUAUUAUAUCAGAUGUAAAUGAGCUUGGUAGUUCUCAAAAUGCUGAAAUGAACAAUGCUGAGCGAAAUUUUGAGACUUCUGAAGCAGAGAAUUACUCUAUUGGGCAUACAAAUAUUAUAUCAGAUGUAAAUGCUGGAGGAAAUUUUGAGACUUCUGAAGCAGAGAAUUACUCUGUCCCUGGGCAUGAAACUUUAUCCCUAACUGAAGUAUUUGAAAACGAGCUAUGCAGGCCAAAUGAUUUUGAUGCAUCACUGCCUGUCAUGGAUAAAACAGAUGAUCUUGCUGGUUCUAUCCAUACAAAUGUGCUGGACAUUCCAACUUCCGAGAAAAUGAAUACAUUUACUAUUCUAGAAAAUGUGUUUGUGGAUGAUCAACAUGAUAGAAACAAAGCAGAUGCUAUUGAAAUUGCAGAGCAUGCCAUUGAAAUUGGAACACGAGUUGAAACAGAUGGUUUGGAAACUGAUAAUUUAUAUGCAUCCUUGGCCCUCGACUCUAAGGAAGCUAAUGAUCAUACUGACAACCAGGUUUCCUUUAACGGAGACCUUCCUAUGGAGGAAAAUGGGAACAACAUGCUAGAAAGCUUAAAUGAGGAUCAAAUUGUUUCUUCUGGCUUGGGAUGUGAUGACAAGAAUGCAAAGGCUGGCGGCUUAUUUAGUGAAAAUAUUGAAGCAGAUUGUUUACAUUCUGUAGCACUUGAGGAUGUAAAAGAAGGUUCUUUGAAUGAUGAGGAAAAUCCAUUUUCUCAAGAAGCGUCAUUACAAAAUACAACGUAUCCCGAUGUCUCAGCUAUUAGGAGUCCUUUUAUGGAUCAGAAUGAUGAAGACGAUAUGGUUGGCAAUGACACAGGAUUUUUGAAUGUUGGGGAUGAUGAGAUAAUUGAUGAUGACGAUGACGAUGCUGAUGGUUUUGCACCGGGUGCAGAAGGAACACAGUUAGAAAAUAGUGGGUGGUCUUCUCGAACCAGGGCUGUUGCUAAGUAUCUUCAGACCUUGUUUGAUAAGGAGGAUAUACAUGGAAGGCAAAAAUUGCAUCUUGACAAAAUAUUGGCUGGUAAAACACGGAAAGAAGCAUCAAGGAUGUUUUUUGAAACACUGGUUCUCAAGACAAGGGAUUAUAUUGAUGUAGAACAGACAAAACCCUUUGCUGAUAUUAACUUACAACCUCGUGGGAAGCUUAUGAAGACAGAUUUCUGA